UCCUCCGACGCUUUGCAUAGCAGACGACAGUCAGCUGAUGAUGCAACAACAACAGUCAUGGCCGCCGCAUCCGACCUCCUGGCUCUCGACUUCGAAGUUUUCGGCACCGUGCAAGGGGUCUUCUUCCGAAAGUACACCCAGAGGAAGGCGAAAGAGUUGGGUGUUCGUGGCUGGUGUAAGAAUACAGAGCAAGGGACUGUCAUUGGCCAGUUGGAAGGAACAGGAGGAGCAGUUGCGGCCAUGAAGGAUUGGCUACAGAGGAUUGGGAGUCCAAGCUCCCACAUAACAAAAGCUGAAUUCAAGAAUGAACGGGAGAUUCCUGAAUACACUUUCAAAGGCUUCAGCAUCAAGCACUAAAGAUACAUUUGGUCCUGAGGUUGGCUGAGAUGCAACCUGGUUAUCUCUCUUCUUACAUAAGAUAGAUGAAAUGAAUGAUGAUUGUAACCAAGGGAACAUUUUUUUGCUACGAUUACAGAUAGUCACAGUAGUAAAUUUAUUUUUAAGGUACUGAUUUAUGCAGUAUAUAAAAUUUUAUACUGCUUGUUAUUGGUUGCAUUCUUUUGAAUGCAUGGAAGAUUUAGGGGAAAGAAAAAAUAAGAACCCAAAUUCAACUAAUGGUGUCCUACAUCACCUAAGAAUGUUUAUUUAAGUCCAAAUAAUUUCAUGCUGUGACAAGUAAAACAGUCUUUGUGAUUGUAGAUAUUAGUUAACUAUGACAUCUCAGACAGGACCAGUAAGGAAACUUUCAGGACAGACAAUACUAGAGUGAAUUAUGGUUCACUUGCAGGAAUAUAUCAGUAUUUAGGUCAUAAUAUUUAUGUACUUUGAAUGUAGUAUUGUAUAACCCGCAUAAAAGGAGUUGUUGAGUAUGUACGACACUUCUAAAUGUCUAAUGAUAUGGAGAACAUUAAAAAAAAUACUUGUGCAGCACAAUGCAAUGUAAAACAAAUUAAAUGUUUCAGUUCAGGGUAAAGUAACAGUGAUGUUCAUGUUACAAAGGCUUAGUAUAAUGGUUCAUGUGAAGCAGCAUCCAGCAAAUCAUGACAUUUUACUCUUAGCAUGAGGCAUUUAGAGUAAGAAUGAUGAAUAAACAAUCUUGAGGUCUUGAGAUAAGCUUUGAUAUGAUAUCUGAGAGGACAUUCAGUUAGCAGUAUUAAGCUUUGGUAUUAUAACUAGCAGUGUACGUUAUAUUAGCACAUGGAAUAGGAAAUAACUCUAAAAUCAAUCAUGUUCGAGUUUCACUAAUUACCCACAGCAGAUACAUAACUAAUCAGUAUGUAAAAGUUUGACAUGCUGUGCCCAAGCAAAAGUCAUAGAUGAACCAAAGACCUCUAUUACUGACACUCUUUACUUGAUAUUACCUCUUUAUCCCUACAGUAUGGCUAAUUAAUUUUGGUAUUGUUAGAGCUCAGCAGUUAUUAACCCAUCCCAGUCAAAGUGCCAAGGAUUUCUUGGUAUCCUUCCUUUUGUCUUUUUAUUUUUGGGGGAAUGGGGGGCUAAUUUGAACAUUCUUUUUGCUUUAUAAUGAUCAGUACGGAAUUCAGAAAGUAUUGCAAUCACUUGGCCAAGAAGACUUUGGAAACUGAAAUCAUUCUCAUUGACUUUGUAGACUGGCCAGUUUCUAAAGAUUUCCAUUUGAGAUGUUCAUUGUUGUUGCUUAGAAUGCCUCAUAUGAAGUAAAUGUAGUAUUUAUGCUAUUUCUUAUUGCAAUUUGUAACCAUUGUAGCAUUAACUUGUCAGACCUGCAUCAUGAGGAUAAUAAGUACCAAGAGGAGAAAAUAAAGAUAAGUAUUUAAUGGGAAAUCAGGUUUUGCUUAUGGAGCCUUACCCUGCCAAAUAAUUUGGAGUACUAUAGUGCAAAAGGAAGUAAUGAAGGUACCCAUACAUAUUAACACACCGAUCUGCCUCACAUUUUCUAUUGGCCUCUUGAAUGAACAGAUUUCCUUUUAUUUAUUCUCCCUGCACACAUUUACCUCUGUUUUUCAUUGGAUGCAAGAACACAUGUGGUAGCAGAGAGAUGUUAAGAGUCAAGUAGAAAGAAGCUUUGAUGAUAGUGAAUAAUAUAGGGGAAUUAACUUGUAAGGUAAUCCAUAAGCAGCUACUUAAUUGAAAAUUGCUUCAGAAUAUUAGUUUGUACCAAAUGUAAAUGAUUUCCCAAACAUCCUGCUGUCCAGAAGAAAUUUGAGUGAAUGAUUCCCAAACUGCUAUUAAAGAUAUUAAAUGGUAAACAUGAAAUUUUAAGAAGUGAUGUAGGCUGGAAAAAAGUUGAUUAUCUAUCUCCUUGUAAGUGUUGCACUUUUUUCCCCAUAGGUGUUCCUCAUGUGGUCAACUGUACCAGUGAAAUUAAGAACCCUUUUAAUGCAUUAACCAAGACUAUCUUCAAUCUAGUAUGUUUAAGGUAAUGCUUUAAACAGGAAUCUCACAUUAGAGGUUCAGAAGACAGGAAGAUCUGGCAAGAUAACUAUUUGAAAGAGUAAUGAUUUAGUAAUAAAAUCAUGUUAUCUGUAUUUCAUAUCCUUUUUCUUAUUUGUGAUGUGGCCUUUUUCUUAUUUGUGAUGUGGUAAGGAUGAUACCCAGUGCAUAUUGCCCACAGGUUAUAUUUUUUGUUUUUGAGUUUUUACUCAGGUACCAUAUUUGUGAUAGCUUAAGUGUUUCUUUGUUUACAUUUCCUUACAGGACUUUUUGAGGGUUUUGUUUUAAUGGAGCAUCAUUCAGUUUUUGGAAUGCAUGCUGUAACAUUUUCAAUUCACCUUUCAAAUAACAUUUGUAAACAAGAGGCAAAAAAUGUUUAGAAAUGUGAAAAGAAUAAAUGAUACAUUUUGAAGAUAACCAUGAAUCAGCAACUCAACUUCACUUUGAUAAAAAGAUGCAUGAAUACCAUGAGAAAAGCACAUCUGUAAUUGAUGUUUCAGAGGCAAAAGUAACAUUAAGCAGUUCACUAUACAUAAUGCCUUUGGUAGAAUUACAGAUUAACAGAUUAGAUCUAAUCAUGAAUAAGAGUUCCAUGUCAGAGUUCCACUGACCAUUGAGGCGACCACCUAAACAUUUAUUGACAUAUCUGGAACACUGUGAUUGCUCAAAUUACUUUCUUAAAAAAAAAAAUGUACCUGCAAAAAAGUGGUGUCUUCAGUUACCAUUGAAGAUUUUAUCCCAAUCUGUGAUACUUUGUGCUUGUGGACAUUGCAUUAUGUCUUUUGAUGCAUAUCAUUUUUCACCAAAUUGUAAGUCCUGUUUAAUUUUGAAAAAUAAAAGCAUACAUCCUAAAA